CUUCGGAGAGUGCACAUCGUCGCACCCGUCCGGUCCUUGCCUUCUGCCAAAAGCAAGAAUGGAUUCAUCCUCCUAGCAGACAUCACUUUGCUUACAUUUUUGUGCAGAAACGGGUCUUUGUUGGAAGUUUUUUUUUCCACUCCUGCAAGUUCUCCAAGAUUUUAGGAUGGUAUCGCGCAGGUUGCAUUCGCGCGCCAUGCUCCUGCUGUGCCUGAUCUCCACAGCGGCGUGCAACGCGUUCAUGUCCACGGAGGAGCCCUCUGACACAGGCGCUAAAUCGGACGGCUAUUGCCACCGCAUCUUGCGGGCUCAGAGCGCCAGGAGGGACGCCAACAGCGAGUUUAGGCUUCGCGUGGAGGGAGACCCCGAGAGCUACCAACCAGGGAGCACCUACAGAGUGACUCUGUUUGCAACCAACCCCUCCUACUUCAGAGGUUUCACUCUCAUCGCCUUGAAGGAGGGUGCAGCAGGAGACAAGGAGAAUGACUACAUUGGAAAUUUCCAGAUAAUUGAUGAGGAGGAAACACAGUAUAUGAUCAACUGCCCACCUGCAGUGACAGAGGGGACACCUCGCCGACGAACAAGUAUCCAGGUUUUCUGGACCGCGCCACCUAGUGGCUCUGGCUGUGUAUACCUCAAGGCAAGCAUUGUGCAGAAGAAGAUCAUCUAUUUCCAGGAUGAAGGCUCACUUACUAAGAAGAUGUGUGAGAAAGAAUCUCUGGAUGGAGAUGGUACAGAUAAACCCCUGCUUGACUGCUGCGCCUGUGGAACAGCCAAGUACAGAGUCACCUUCUAUGGGAACUGGUCAGAGAAGAUUCAUCCCAAAGACUACCCACGUCGUGCCAAUCACUGGUCAGCCAUUAUUGGCGCAUCCCACUCGAAGAACUAUGUGCUGUGGGAAUAUGGAGGCUUGGCCAGUGAUGGGGUCAGACAGGUAGCUGAGCUUGGAUUGCCUGUCAAAAUGGAAGAGGAGAUCAGACAAAAGGGUGAUGAUGUCCUGACCGUCAUCAAGAUGAAAGCGCAAUGGCCUGCUUGGCAGCCUCUUAAUGUGCGAGCUGCACCAUCCGCCGAGUUCUCUGUUGACCGUACCCGUCACCUCAUGUCCUUCUUGACUAUGCUGGGGCCCAGUCCCGACUGGAACGUGGGUCUAUCUGCAGAGGACUUGUGCACCAAAGAGUGUGGAUGGGUUCAAAGAGUCGCCCAGGAUCUUAUCCCUUGGGAUGCAGGCACUGACAGUGGGGUAUCAUACGAGUCUCCCAACAAGCCUACCGUUCCUGAAGAUAAAAUCCGUCCUCUGACCAGUCUGGACCAUCCUCAGAGCCCUUUCUAUGACCCUGAAGGAGGCGCUAUCAGUCCUGUUGCCAGAGUCAUAGUGGAACGUAUUGCCAGAAAGGGCGAACAAUGCAACAUUGUGCCAGACAACGUGGAUGACAUUGUGGCGGAUAUCGCCCAAGAGGAGAAAGAUGAAGCAGACGACACCCCCGAGACCUGCAUCUACUCCAACUGGUCUCCAUGGUCAGCUUGCAGUUCAGCGACAUGUGAAAAGGGCAAGCGGAUGAGGCAGAGGAUGCUCAAGGCCCAGUUGGAUCUCAGCGUUCCUUGUCCACACACGCAGGAUUUUGAACCUUGCAUGGGCCCGGGAUGCAGUGACGAGGAUGCAGCCACCUGUAUGAUGUCAAAAUGGAUCACCUGGUCUCCAUGUAGCGUGUCAUGUGGGCAGGGCAGACGUUCCCGGGAACGUUACGUAAAGCAAUUCCCAGAUGACGGCUCAGUCUGCAAUCUAACCACAGAGGAGACUGAAGAUUGCGUUGUCAACGAACAAUGCACUCCCAGCAGCUGCCUGGUAACGGAAUGGGGGGAAUGGGAUGCCUGCAGUGCCACUUGUGGUCUGGGUAUGAAGAGAAGGGAGCGCAUGGUAAAGAUGCCUCCUGCUGAUGGUUCCAUUUGUGGAGCUGAGGUCCUUGAAGUGGAGAAGUGCAUGAUGCCAGAAUGUCAUACAAUUCCUUGCAUGCUGACAACAUGGUCUGACUGGAGCGAUUGCAGCGUCACGUGUGGGAAAGGCCUACGAACACGCCAGCGGAUGCUCAAAUCGCCUGUUGAGCUAGGAGACUGCACCGAAGAGUUGGAUCAGGUGGAGAAGUGCAUGCUACCGGAAUGUCCCAUAGACUGUGUCAUGUCCGACUGGAGCGAGUGGUCCGAGUGCAAUAAGUCCUGCGGCAAAGGCCACACCAUCAGGACUCGCACAGUGACGUUGGAGCGUCAGUUUGGAGGUGACCACUGUCCUGAAAGCAUCCAGAGGAAGAAGUGUAAGAUAAGGAAGUGCACCAGAGGAGGACAAGGGAACAGCGAUGAGAAGAAACGACGCAGGGAGCAGCGAGAACAAAGGAGGAGCAGCAAACAGGGCAAAACUGAAGUCGCUGCUGAGCAUCCAGGAUGUAAAAUGCGGCCGUGGUCAAAUUGGACGGAAUGUACCAAAGUGUGCGGAGGAGGAAUUCAAGAACGGCUCAUGACUGUGAAGCAAAGGUUCAAGACUGCACAAUUGUCCAGCUGCAAGGACAGGAAGGAGAUCCGAGCUUGCAACGUGCAUCCCUGCUAGGAAGGAUAACGUGAGAACAAGACCCAGGAAUUGUAUGUUGUCACACAAUGGCCCAGUGCACUCUAUUUAGGGAUCUGAUGGCACUCUUUUGUCAUUUACUACGCAUCGACUAUAAUAAAAGUAAAAUUCUGUUCAUUUUACUGAUUCUGACUGGGGGAAUGAAAGGGGUCGGAAUUUGAAGGUGUAAUCUUGCCCUCUGCUGUUCACUCAGGACAUUUUCCUGAGGCGUUACAAUUCUAGCAGUGCAAUCAUAUCGGUUUUGUUUUCAUUCCAUCGUCCCACGGAAGACUAACAGAAAUUUGAAGGCAGCAGUAGUGUCUUGUUUUUUGUUUUCAAGUUAUCAUCGGGAGAUAAGCAUGAAGAUCAGCCACUUAUAACAAGGCUGAUUCUUCUGUGCUGUAGCUCUAAUAUACUUUUGCAAAAUUACUGUAAAUGUGUUGUGGUACACGACGUCUUGGAACUAUUCCAAAUUGAUUUAAUAAGUAAAUAACUAUGAUUUCUCGUGGUAUUCUUAGCAAUGCACAAUAGUAAUUUAAAGCACAUGUGCCAAGCUGUCCCAAUAUUUUUCACUGCCUUCUGUUGUUGUUUUAGGGUGUUUUAGGAAUUUUUACUCAAAAGUGUUGUAAAAUAGAUUCACCACAUUUGGAAUGGAUAUUAUUUAACAUUCAUAAAGACUUUUUUUCAUGUUUUUUUUUUUUCCUUUUGAGAUUGUUUUAAGAUUAUCACCAAAGUGUUGGGUAGAUGUUUUUAAAAUGUUUUCCUCAUCCCUUUUUCUCUUUUUUUCCCCCUAACAUUAUUUUGGAAUAACAUUACCUUUACAAUAAAAUUAAA